AUGUCGACUCCCUCCGUUCCGCUCCUCCGCCCGCCGGUCCCUGGCAACCGCAGCAACACCGGCAGUCCUCGAGCUCCAAGACUCACUUUAGGCAUCCCGCCGUCGCCCAACGCCAAACCUGUCAAUGGCACUGGGCCUGCUCCCAUCGCCGCCGCUGGAAAUGAUGCCCCGAAACUGCAACUGCCACAGCCUGUCUCCCGGCCAGCCCUACCGCGGCUACAACUAGCUACUCCUAUGGGUAGUAGCCAGAGUGUCCCGCAGGAAUCAUCUCUCAAGCCAAAUGGUAGGCCAGCCCCACCACCGCUGGCCACAAACUUGAACGGACAGAAUGGUCUGGAGAGCAAAGGCAGCGGCCCGACGUCGGCGAAUUCUUCAUACUCUGCGCUCUCGUUCGCCAUGGGUCUCCGCCAACCCGCAGGCGGUAACUCUGACCCCUCCUCGGCUAUCAGUUCGGUAUACUCGGAUCGCGAUGGAGGUGUACAGAUGGAACGUGAGAACAGUGUGAACGGCUUGCUACCAGACCUAGAUAAGUUGAGUUUGGAAAAGGGCCGGCCUCUGGAUGUGGAAGACUUGGACGAUGAGGGCUGGCAUGCUGCGAGCGAACAAAAAAAGAUUGUCGAGCUAGGAAGCUUGGGUGAAGGUGCCGGCGGUGCUGUCACGCGAUGCAAAUUGAAGGAUGGGAAAACGGUAUUCGCAUUGAAGAUCAUCACUACAGACCCUAAUCCCGACGUCAAGAAGCAAAUUGUUCGCGAACUCAACUUCAACAAGGACUGUGCAUCGGAUCAUAUUUGCCGCUACUAUGGUGCCUUCAUGGACAAGUCCACGGGCACCAUUUCGAUUGCCAUGGAGUUCUGUGAAGGUGGCAGUCUCGACAGUAUCUACAAGGAGGUCAAGAAGCUCGGAGGACGAACUGGAGAGAAGGUCCUUGGCAAGGUUGCAGAGGGCGUGCUCAACGGAUUGACCUACCUGCAUGGCAGGAAGAUUAUCCACCGAGAUAUCAAGCCUUCCAACAUUCUCUUGUGCCGUGAUGGCCAAGUCAAGCUCUGCGAUUUCGGUGUCAGUGGCGAGUUCGGCACCAAGGGUGAUGCGAACACCUUUAUCGGCACUUCAUACUAUAUGGCUCCAGAACGUAUCACUGGUCAAUCUUACACAAUCACGUCUGAUGUUUGGUCCUUGGGCGUGACCCUUCUGGAAGUUGCACAACACCGAUUCCCCUUCCCUGCGGACGGGACAGAGAUGCAACCUCGCGCCGGUCUCAUCGAUCUCCUCACAUACAUCGUGCGACAGCCGAUCCCCAAACUCAAGGACGAGCCGCAGAACAAUAUUCGCUGGUCGGAUAAUUUCAAGUACUUCAUUGAAUGCUGUCUUGAGAAAGAACCUCCUCGACGCGCGACACCCUGGCGGAUGCUGGAACAUCCUUGGGUCCUGGACAUGAAGAACAAGAAGGUCAACAUGGCAAACUUCGUGAGGCAGGUGUGGGACUGGAAAGAUUAA